CUCAUUUGCAUGUGAACAGCUUGGUGCACAUGAAGUCAACACUGGAGUAAGUUGGCUUAUGUCUACUACACAAAGAGGAUGUUCAAAUACAAAUUUCGUUUGAAUGAUGGCUAGUGAAGGGCCAAGGAGGAAUGGACCCAUGAAAUUACGUCUUACAGUAUUGUGUGCCAAAAACUUGGGCAAGAAGGACUUUUUCAGAUUGCCUGAUCCAUUUGCCAAGAUCAGCGUUGAUGGCUCAGGCCAGUGCCAUUCAACUGACACCUGCAGGAACACACUAGAUCCAAAGUGGAAUCAGCAUUAUGACCUGUGAGUUCCUACGAAGGAUUCCAUCACAAUCAGUGUAUGGAAUCACAAAAAGAUCCACAAGAAGCAGGGUGCGGGCUUCCUGGGAUGUGUGCGCAUCAUGUCCAAUGUCAUCCAGCAGCUGAAGGACACCGGCUUUCAAAGAUUGGACUUGACACGGCAGAGUCAAGAUGACAGCGAGACUGUCCGUGGACAGAUUGUCAUCAGCCUCAUCUCGCGAGACCGUGGAGGUUCAGGGCCCAUGAACACCGAUGCCACCGGGAUACCUCCGUCGAUACCUUACGAUCCAAAUGAAUUGCCAGAAGGAUGGGAGGAGCGUCGCACAACAAGUGGCCGUGUACAUUAUGUAAAUCAUGUCACCAGGACAACACAAUGGGACAGACCCACAAGGCCUGCCACUGAGUGUCGCCGCCCUGUGAGUGUGGUAAACCCUGUGGUGAGCAGUCCUGGCUCAUCAUCGUCAUCAUCCUCCCCCAGCAGCUGCCCUGACGACAGCAACAACCAAUCCAACCACCAGUUCGUGAGGCGCAGGUCAACACGCAGGCGACAGUAUCUCAGUCGGGCGGAGCUGCACAAUGCUGUCACUCUGCCAGAGGGAUAUGAACAACGGACCACUCAGCAAGGUCAGGUGUACUUCCUGCACACAAGGACAGGGGUCAGCACAUGGCAUGACCCGAGAGUACCCAGGGAUAUUUCCAAUCUGAAUCUUGGUGAGGAAGAUCUGGGUCCCAUGCCUCGAGGCUGGGAGUUAAGACAAACAGGGAAUGGUCGUGUCUACUUUGUUGAUCACAUCAACCGAACCACCCAGUUUACAGAUCCCCGACUCUCGGCCAACAUCCAGCUCAUUCAACAGAAAUUGAAAAAUUCUGACAAGGAGAAUGAUGUGCCUCUACCCAAGUACAAGCGUGACCAGAAGCGUGACCUGGUCCAGAAGAUGAAGAUUCUGAAACAGGAGUUCAGUGCUCUGCAGCCCCAGGCAGGACACUGCAGGAUGGAGGUCUCCAGGGACGAGAUAUUCGAGGAUUCUUAUCGACAAGUCAUGAAAAUGCGCUCUAAAGACUUGCGGAAACGUCUGAUGGUGAAGUUCCGUGGCGAAGAAGGUCUCGACUAUGGUGGUGUUGCGAGGGAAUGGUUCUACCUGCUGUCGCAUGAGAUGCUGAACCCUUACUACGGCCUCUUCCAGUACUCCAGGGACGAUAUCUACACGCUCCAGAUAAACCCUGACUCAGGGGUCAACCCAGAGCACCUGUCCUACUUCCAUUUUGUUGGCCGUGUAAUUGGGAUGGCAAUCUUUCAUGGUCACUACUUGGACGGUGGCUUCACCAUGCCGUUUUACAAGCAGUUACUAGGGAAACCUGUUGCCCUCGACGACCUGGAGAGUGUGGAUCCAGAACUGCACAGAAGUCUUGUGUGGAUGUUGGACAACAACAUUGAGGCAGUGCUGGACCACACAUUCUCUGUGGAACACAACUCCUUCGGUCAAGUCCAGGAACAUGAACUCCGUCCAGGGGGAAAGGUUAUCAAGGUCACAGAAGAGAACAAGAAGGAAUAUGUCAGGUUGUACGUCAGCUGGCGAUUCAUGCGCGGCAUAGAGGCCCAGUUCUUGGCAUUGCAGAAGGGUUUCAAUGAAAUCAUUCCCCAGCACUUACUACGACUCUUUGAUGAACGGGAAUUAGAGCUGAUGAUUGGCGGGCUUGGCAAGAUUGAUAUUGAUGACUGGAAGAAGCACACCCGACUAAAGCACUGUACAGCAGAGAGCAACAUCUGCAAGUGGUUCUGGCGGGCAGUCGACAGCUUUGAUGAUGAAAUGCGUGCUCGACUGUUACAAUUUGUUACAGGCAGCUCAAGAGUACCAUUGCAGGGAUUCAAAGCUUUACAAGGCUCAACUGGUGCUGCUGGACCCCGCCUCUUCACUAUACAUCAGGUGGAUGUCCAAACAGACAACCUGCCCAAGGCUCACACAUGCUUUAACAGAAUUGACAUCCCUCCUUAUGAGAACUACGAGAAGUUUCUCAGUAAAUUGACUUGUGCUGUUGAAGAGACAUGUGGUUUUGCGGUAGAAUAACACAAGCCACACACAUUUGUGUGGUACAAGCUCUGUCAACAAAUCUUGACUUGCAGUAGUGCUAAGGAAACCUAACAUGGCAGUCAAGUGGAAAGUGUCCGGUCCCGCAAGGAAACAAAACAGUUUUCAACAGGGACCAACUUUUCUGCCCAGCGAGUUGUGAUUUGAAGAACACAGGAGGUCCUUGUGUACAUGGACAUAAUCGCAAUGUACCAAUUGCCGCAUAAACUGCGGACUUGCGAACCUCCCAGGUUGUGGGUGAACAAACAAUGCAAGAAAAACGUUAACACCAUUUGUAGAUAGCGGUGGUGUACUGAAUCCAGCAUUGCACCAUAGAUACAUUCUGUGUACAGUCUGUGACAACUAUACAUGUAUUUAUGUGACCAUCAUGAUCCAACAUAUAGGGUCUGUUAUAGAACAUCUCAGUGUAGAGCAGCGUGCAAGUCUCUUUGAGCACUUGGUUUAACCUGUAUGUAGCUGUGUGAAUCUGAAUAGCAUUCUACAGACAACUAUGCUUGCGUGAUUGCAUAUGAUUGCAUAUGACUGCAUAUGCAAUGUGUGAAAUCAACUUUGUGAGUGGAUAUUUUAUGAAUGGGACAUUCGUUACCAUCAGUUAUUUGUCUAGCAAGUUCCAUCGAAAUGCCAACAUCCUGAACUGAUUCACAUCUUCCAAAAUAUUAAUUUGCCAAAGAUUGUAGACAUGUACGUUUCUCUUUGGUAAAUCUGUCCAUUAUUAAUAAUGAAAGCAAUAAUAUUUAAAUGGAUUUUGUGAAUACCUCACAUUGAAUUUUAUGUGAAAUAUGCAUAGAAGAUAAUUCUGAUAUUUUUUAGUCCCUAUCUGGCAUAGUGCAAGGUGGAAGGGAUUGUGUAUGAGAAGUAUGGGUCCUUGACUAGCAGACAUCUCCAACACAUGCACAAUAUUUUUGUGUGUAAAUGUGCCGAUAGGCUAUGUACUAAUACCUCAUGCAGCCAUAAGCUUCUGUGUUUGGUGAAAUUUUGUUGUACAGAAAUUUCAGAGAGUAUAACAUUAUGCCUGUAAUUUGUCGUGUAAUUAGAACAGUUGAUAAUAAGGGAAUGAGCAUAUGCUCAGUGAAUAAUAACAUUAAGUUAAGCGAUUGAAAAAGUUCCAUGUUUUAUAUAUAAUUAGGUUAGUUUUAAUGUGCCACUGCUUGGUACAAAUCAGGAUACUAGUAGUAAUCAAACAUCAACAUUGACAGUUGUAGACCAGCACAAGUAUGUCCAGUCGGACAUCUGUAUGAAUGGUGAAGAUGGCUUGAAUUAAACAGCAGGUUUUUACUGUCAAAAUCAUUUUACUUGACACACAGGAUGCCCCUUCAAGCCUUUAAAGAAAUCCUCUUAUUUUUAAUACUCAAGUCAUACAAAUAUGAUAUUUAAUGAUUGUACACGUGUAUGUUUUCCUAUGUACAGUUCCUGCUUCACUGAUGCAUGUUAUGUGAUUGUCAAACAUGCUGAUAUCUGUUUAACACAUCAGAUUUUAGAUUUGGUUAAUACUUUGUGAUUUUAUGUAGUAUUUUUUUAUGAACUCACAUUAUUCCUUACCAGUGUUUUAGCAGGAUAAGGGUGAUGGUUGGGUGAUUUCGCUGAUCUUUAUCAGUGCUUGGGUUAGUCUGUGGAACUUGGAUGUCUUAUGUUCAGAAUGUCCCUUCCUGGUCUUUUUCUUGGAGUGCAGGACUACUGUCUACUUCUAUUUGAAAUACUUAUGAAAACGGAAAGCAAUGAAAAUGAAUGGAAACAGUGCAUGAACAUGUGCAGAAAAAUAGGAUUUCUGAAAGGCCGAAAGAAUAUUCUUUUGUUUUGGAGAGAGCCUUGCAAGAAGCGUACUGUAGGGGAUAUUUUGUUUGACAGGGCUGUUUCAAGUCUGUCAGGAUCUUGAGCAGUAAUCAGGUAGCCACUUGUUUGGGUUACUUUCCAGGCGAUUGUCAAUGAGUCUAGCCAUCCCUGACUUUUAAAACAGAUACACAUUUGGUAAACUUGUUUUGUGAAUUUAACCAAUUUCUCAUUUCAUUGUAAAUAUUUUCUAAUGCCAAUGAAAUAUUGGAACUUCAAAUAAUAUGAUGAAGAGAAAUAUGUUGAAUGAUUUUUUGGGCCAGUAAUCUGCUAAAGUAUUUAAGAAACUUCCACAUGACUUUUAGAACUUAGUUUGAAAGUGCUUUUAGGAUGUGAGAGCUUAUUAGCCAUUUAUUAACAGCUAGAUGUUUAGCAAGCACAGGAUACCUGAAUUUAACCACAGUUUACUCAAUACUGAUGUGACACUUGUUUGCAUUAUCAAAUCUUUCACACAGCCUGUUUUGAUUUCAUUGUGACUAUUUCAGUUCUUUCCACAUCCUGCAUCUGAACAAAUCCUGCUGUAAAUUGCUUUUCAUAAAAUAAUUUUGUGGCAUAUUAGCUACCUUACUACCUGCAUUUAUGAAAUGGGAUGCUCCAAGCUUAUGUUUGGAUUGUUCCAUGUGGUAAUUCAGGUAGAAGCAUUACCUUAUUUAUACUGACAUAAUUGUAUAUCAUUUUGAUUCGGUUUUGCCUUGAACUAUCUUCAAGGAUGUAUAAGCAUUGUGAAAGGAGAUCCUGGUAAAUUUGUUUUACUUUUAGUGAUCUCAAUUGAUGUACAUGGUAUUUUCCUUUUUUUUUAAACUCAUGAGUGGUUAUAUCUGAUUAUUCAUUGAUUUUGUGAGAUGGGUUAUCUCCCAGUAGACAUAACAAAAUUCAUCCCAAAUAUACAUCAUUUGUUUCAUGAACAUUUUUGGAUAAGAAAGGAAUAAAAUAUUCUUGUUGAAUGAACAUACUUGACUUAAGAAAUGGUUCAAACUUUGGAAUAAUGUGUAACACUUCCACUUCCAUAGAAUAUAUUUGGACUGAGUGAUAUGUAUAAAGGGAGGUAACCCAUUAAUGAUUUGUGUGCCUUUCACUUUAAACUGUACCUCAAGGGUCUUGACAUGCUCAAAGAGUUAUGAAUCUGUUAGUGUGUAUUGCCAGCCCCCUCCCAAGAAUCUUUCAUACUGUAAAAGUGAUCACUCAGACAUGCCAUGUCAUUUCAAAGGACAACCAAGAUAUGUUUUCAGUACAUGCGAAAAGAUUUUUUCAGACCAUUUAUCAUAUUUCCACGAGACAUUUUGAAAUAUAUCUGUUCACUGACAAUUUAAGUUUUGUCAUGUCAUAGGAAUUUCUUCAGUAUAUUUGGUCAUUUUUUAUGUUUUUCAUAUCUGUAAGCACAACCAAUUCAGAGACAUUGUUCCAUUAUUCAGUACAAAUACAGAAUUGCAGUUCCAUGUUAUUUAAGUCUCUUUCACAUCCAGUUACACAAGCAAACUUGUAUCAAAGUCAGUAUGGUCCAUGGGUCGCCAUUCAGUGAUGUGGAUUGGAUGUGUUUUGAAAAAAAUAAGGAUAAAAAUGCUUUUGAUACAAUUUUUUACGUUGUAUAAAUGCAUUCACAUGUUUUACGAUGUCGUUCAACUCUGACCACCUUUAGAUCAGGAGUUAUCCCUUCAAGACUGUCGUGUCCUAGUCACUGGAGCCGACUACUUGUUUCCUUCCCAUCGUGGACUGCUCCGCGCCUCACACGUUUGUCUGCCUUCACGUCCAUCUGUCUAAAGCCCUCCUCUGUACAGUCCACACUUCCAAUGUAAUAUUUUUUUCCAAUAAGUGAAAUAAAUGUGGUCAGUUUUU